UUUAGAGUGAAAGGAUUCCCAAAUCCUCCUAAUCAAGUUUGGUUCCCUCUUUAGAUUCGGAGCCUCGAUAUUUCGUUGGAGGAAAACAAAAAUCGGAGGAACCAGGGCGGGAAUCGGAUAUUAUGACCGUCGAAGUCGCAAAUGGCGUCGCCGGGGGCUUAUCGUACCCCAACGGCGAUUUGAAAACCCAAAACCCUAGCGCCAGCGUUAAGAAAUCUAAGGAAAGCGAGCGGCGCCGGAGGCGGCGAAAACAGAAGAAGAACAACAAGGCAGAUUCCACUGCUGCCAGUGAAGACGGCAACCAUGCUGCUGCUGCUGAGGAUGCUAAUGGCACCACCGACAAUGAUAACGCUAAGGAGAACUCCGAUCCUCAAAAGCCCCUUGAGCAAGUUGAGGUGGAGUAUGUUCCUGAGAAGGCUGAACUAGAUGGUGAUUUUGACGAUGAAUUCAGAAAGAUCUUUGAGAAAUUCAGUUUUAAGGAUUCUACUGGUUCUGAGGAGAAUGAGAAAAAGGAAGAAACGGAACAAGAUGCGGCAAAGAAGAAGAUAGACUCAGAUUCAGACGAAGAUGAGCAGGACCCCCAGGAAAAAGAGAAAGGCAUUUCUAAUAAAAAGAAAAAGCUCCAACGGCGGAUGAAGAUUGCAGAACUGAAGCAGAUAUGUCCAAGACCUGACGUUGUUGAGGUCUGGGACGCUACUGCUGCGGAUCCGAAGCUGUUAGUAUUUCUGAAAUCAUAUAGGAAUACUGUUCCAGUUCCAAGACACUGGUGCCAGAAGCGGAAAUUUUUACAGGGGAAACGUGGUAUUGAGAAACAGCCUUUCCAGCUUCCACAUUUUAUUGCUGCCACUGGAAUUGAGAAAAUUAGACAGGCCUAUAUUGAAAAGGAGGACAGUAGGAAACUUAAACAGAAGCAACGAGAGAGGAUGCAACCAAAGAUGGGGAAAAUGGAUAUUGACUAUCAGGUCCUACAUGAUGCAUUUUUCAAAUAUCAAACUAAACCAAAACUCACUACGCAUGGUGAUCUCUACUUUGAAGGAAAGGAGUUUGAGGUAAAGUUGAGGGAAAUGAAACCAGGAAUUUUAUCCCAGGAGCUGAAGGAGGCCCUUGGUAUGCCUGAAGGUGCUCCCCCUCCUUGGCUUAUCAAUAUGCAGAGAUAUGGGCCUCCUCCAUCUUACCCUCACUUGAAAAUUCCGGGGUUGAAUGCACCCAUUCCUCCUGGUGCCAAAUUUGGUUAUCAGCCUGGAGGGUGGGGUAAGCCACCUGUUGAUGAACAUGGGCGCCCUCUAUAUGGAGAUGUCUUUGGAGUUCUCCAGCAAGACGAGCCUAAUUAUGAGGAGGAACCUAUUGAUAAGAGCAAACACUGGGGUGACUAUGAGGAAGAGGAGGAGGAAGAAGAAGAAGAGGAACAGGAGGAAGAGGAAGAACAAAUUGAUGAAGAACAAAUUGAAGAUGGUAUUCAGUCAGUAGAUAGCCUUUCAAGUACUCCCACUGGUGUCGAUACGCCAGAUGUUAUCGAUCUUCGUAAGCAGCAAAGGAAAGAGCCAGAUAGACCUCUGUAUCAGGUUCUGGAGGAAAAAGAAGCACAUAUCGGUCCAGGAUCCAUCCUUUUACCAGCUCACACGUAUACAGUUCCUGGGGCACAAGAUAAGGCUGGCGCAAAAAGGGUGGAUCUGCUUAGAAGUCAAAAAACAGAUAAAGUUGAUGUUACAUUGGCACCUGAGGAGUUGGAAGAAAUUGACAAUGUUUUGCCAGCCAAGUAUGAAGAGGCUAGGGAGGAAGAGAAAUUACGCAAUCAGCGGGAAGAUUUCAGUGACAUGGUUGCGGAGAAUGCAAAGAAAAGGAAAAGGAAAAUGCAGGAAAAAGAAUCCAAGUCCAAGAAGAAGGAUUUCAAAUUUUGAAGAGAGCUAUUGCUUGUGCUUUGCACUUUGUAGUACCAACUAGGCAGAGGACUAUUAUCGAUGCCUCUUGUUGUUCGCCUUUGCUCCUCUUUGUAUACUUGCCUACUUGCUUCUGGCCAUAUCUGUAAUAGGAGGUGUAACUCUUAUGUUCAUGUUUUGGCGUACUUAAGGAAGCAUGUAGUGAUGUUAUUUCCUUGUACUCUGCUGUUAUGAUUAUAUAAUAGAAAUUGAGGCGAGAACGAUUUUAACAGCUGGCUGAAAUGUAUAAAUUUUUUCUUCAUUGUUUUUGUGUAUCCUCUUGACUUGCCAGGAUUUGUAGGAUGUGCUCAGUGAAUCUAUUUAUUUGGGAAAAGUCGGUUGUCUCUUCCUAAGAAAUUUAGAGAGAAACUUUUACGAUCAUUUAUUUGUUACAACAUGAAACUGUAUAGAAAAUGUGGAGGGGAAGAUCUGCCUAAAAUUCAAAUGCACAAUUGGUGAUACGUAUAACUUGGUGAUCAAGUGCAAUUUAUCUCGAUUAUUUUCCCCUAUUUUUGGUUUUGAAUUUUUUGGAGAAUAUAAUGAAUCUGAUCAGAAGAUUCAUACACAUAAUUCUCUCUAGUGGAUUGCUCGAUUGACC